AUGGCUGACCAGCGACUGACGCACGGCGUGUCCGUGGCAGCUGUGCGGCGGUUCCUGGAUGACCUGAAGCGCGAGUUCCCCGACACGUACACUGAGAUGACGACGGAGGAUGCUUGCAAGCAACUGGUUGUGCCACGCACCCGCCAGGACAACUGCGCCUACGUCGAGCACCUGCGCAAGCAGUCGCCAGAACACGUGAACAAGGCCACCGUGUUUGUGUCGCACGCAUGGCGGUACAAGAUCGCAGACGUGCUCAACGUCUUGCUGGAGUUUGCAGAGGAGCAAGCAAGGAAGGGCGACGCCCAGCCAGUGUUUUUCUGGUUUGACCUCUUCAUGAACAACCAAAACGCCAACGUCACGGCCAACCUUCCACCAGAGUGGUGGAGCACGACGUUCAAGCAGUCGAUUGCCAACAUUGGCCAUGUGCUGCUGGUGCUCAUGCCGUGGCGAGACCCCGUGCCACUGACGCGCGCGUGGUGUUUGUGGGAGAUCUUCUGCGGCAUCAGCAACGAGGGCACAGAGGUCACCAUCCAACUACCCAACAGCGAAGAACAGGCACUCGAGAACGCCAUUCGCGACAGCUACAAAGCCGUGACAGACACGCUGGUGCGCGUGCAGGCAGAGCGAGCCGACGCCUUCAACCCGCACGACAAACACAUGAUCUUCACGGCGAUCGAGUCGUGGGCGGGUGGCUUCGGCGCAGUCAACCAGGCCGUGAAGGACCAGCUGCGCGCGUGGUGCUUGCAAAAGGCGGUGGGCGCCGUCGAAGCCAUGCGAGCUCGAGGCGAGGACAGCACUGCCGCCUUCGCGGGGCUGUGCCUCAACGUUGGGUCGGUGCUGAACGACUUUGGCGAGCACGAUCGCGCCGUUGCCUACUACGAGACAGCGCUGCCGAUUUACCUCCGCACUGAGGGGGAGAAGGGGAGGAACGUGGCGGUGUCGUACAACAACCUCGGCAACGCGUACGCCGACAAGGGCGAGUACGACAGAGCCAUCCAGCUGUACGAGAAGGCCCUCGCCAUCACGGUUGAGGCGCUUGGGGAGAAGCACCCAAGAACAGCCAACACCUACAACAACCUCGGCAUCGCCUACAGGAACAAGGGCGACUUCGACAGAGCGAUUGAGCAGUACGAGAAGGCGCUCGCCAUCAAGGGGGAGACGCUGGGCGAGAAGCACCCAAGCACAGCGAGCACCUUCAACAACCUCGGCAGCGCCUACUACAGCAAGGGCGACUACGACAGGGCGAUUGCGUUUUAUGAGAAGGCGCUCGCCAUCUACGUGGAGACGUUGGGCGAGAAGCACCCGAGCACGGCAAUGACGUACAACAACCUCGGCAGCGCCUACAACAACAAGGGCGAGUACGACAAGGCGAUUGCGUUUUACGAGAAGGCCCUCGCUGCCUUCGUGGAGACUCUUGGCGAGAAGCACCCGAGCACGGCCAUGUCGUACUUCAACAUUGGCCUGCUGCACGACAAGCGCGGUGACAAGGAGCAGGCCUGCGCCUACAUGCAGCGGGCCCUCGACGGUUACACAAGCACGGUCGGCCCAGACCACCCAGACACGCGCGACGCGGAGCGCGAACUGCGGCGCAUUCGCGGCAACGACGAGCCCGUUGACGGCGGUGCACGCACUGGCGGCGCCCUGGGCGAGGAAGAGAACGAGCAGAAGCAGCAAGAAGGAAGCGGCGGUGACGACAACAUGACCAGCCAGGACUGGGCUGUGCUUGUGCUUUGUUGUCCAUGUCUUGUUGCUGCUUUGCCUUUCCUCUGCAUCUACUCCUGCGUGAAGAGCGUGUGUCAGAAGUGA